CAGCUGGCGAGCGGUUGAUCGGGCGCUCCAAUUCAGUCCGAGAUUCGCUGGACAGAGAUUCGCUGUGGUACUGGAUAGUGCUGCUGCUGUGGCAGCUGCUGUUGCAACCUGGUUCCGUUUCUCCAACCAGAUUGUUGCUCAAUCGAACGGGUUCAUCGGGCGUAUACGCAACCAGACGCGUUAAUAAGUUUAUAAAUUACGCAUACGUCACGGUGCCGCGUGUCAGUUAUCGUACGACAACGCCGAACCUCAGGUGUUACACCUGGCACCACUCCAGCCAUGGGCUACGACGACGUCAUCACCCACCUGGGUGAAUUCGGACCGUAUCAGAAGCGCAUCUACUAUCUGCUCUGCCUGCCGGCCAUAGUCUGCGCCUUCCACAAGCUGGCCGGUGUGUUCCUGCUGGCCAAGCCCGACUUCCGAUGUGCCCUGCCCUACGAGAAUGGAAGCACCUACGAACUAUCGCCCCACCUGUGGAACCUUUCAUAUCCGCAGGACGAUAGGUGCUCCUACUACGAUGUGGACUACACCGCGGAGUACCUGAAUGGCAGCAUUCCGCGGAGCAGCAACGAGACCAAGACCUGUUCCCGCUACGUCUACGAUCGGAGCAAGUACCUCAACAGUGCGGUGACCGAGUGGGACAUGGUGUGCAGCCGCAGCCUGCUGAGUGCCACCAGUGACUCGCUGUUCAUGCUGGGCGUGCUCCUGGGCAGCUUCAUCUUUGGCCAGAUGUCCGACAAGCUGGGCCGCAAGCCCACCUUCUUCGCCUCGCUGGUGCUGCAGCUAAUCUUCGGCGUGCUGGCUGCCGUGGCGCCCGAGUACUUUAGCUACACGAUUUCCCGGAUGAUUGUGGGCGCCACCACAUCGGGCGUCUUCCUGGUGGCCUAUGUGAUUGCCCUGGAGAUGGUGGGCUCCUCGUAUCGCCUCUUCGCCGGCGUGGCCAUGCAGAUGUUCUUCUCCGUGGGCUUCAUGCUCACUGCUGGCUUUGCGUACUUCAUCCACGACUGGCGCUGGCUGCAGAUUGCGCUGACCUUGCCGGGAUUGCUCUUCCUCUGCUACUACUGGAUCAUUCCGGAGUCGGCCCGUUGGCUCCUGCUGAAGGGUCGCAAGGACGAGGCCUUUGUGAUCAUCGAGAAGGCGGCCAAGGAGAACAAGGUGGAGGUGCCCAGUGAAAUCUACGAGCAGCUGGUGGACGAGGUGGCCGAAAAGAAGAAGCAGGACGAGAUGACCGCCUCCCAGCCGGCGGCCACCGUGUUCGAUCUGCUGCGCUAUCCCAAUCUGCGCCGGAAAACCCUGCUGAUCUUCUUCGAUUGGUUCGUGAACAGUGGCGUGUACUAUGGACUCUCGUGGAACACCAACAACCUGGGUGGAAACCAGCUGGUUAACUUUGUGAUCUCUGGUGCCGUGGAAAUACCGGGCUAUACGCUGCUCCUCUUCACGUUGAACCGCUAUGGUCGUCGCUCCAUCCUGUGCGGCACCAUGUUGGUGGCCGGGAUCAGUCUGCUGGCCACCAUCUUCGUGCCGAGUGACAUGAACUGGCUGAUCAUUGCGUGCGCCAUGAUUGGCAAGCUGGCCAUCACCUCCUCGUAUGGCACCAUCUACAUCUUCUCGGCGGAACAGUUCCCGACGGUGGUGCGGAAUGUGGGUCUGGGCGCCUCCUCCAUGGUGGCACGCGUGGGUGGAAUACUGGCACCGUAUCUCAAACUGCUGGGCGAGAUCUGGCGCCCACUGCCGCUGAUCAUCUGCGGCGCUCUGUCCCUCACCGCUGGACUGCUGUCGCUGCUCCUGCCGGAGACGCUGAACAAGCCCAUGCCGGAGACCAUCGAGGAUGGGGAGAACUUUGGCAAGAAGCCGGCGCCGCAGGAGGCCGCCGAGGAGGGCGGCACCCAGGAGCUGGCCGGGAUGCUCAACGGAAAGUCGGCCUAAUUGCAGCCGGGCACUUAAUCACUCAAUCUACACUGAUGGCCUCAAUUGGCCAGCGCUCUGGUCAUUCCAACGAAUUUAAGCAUUUAAGCAUUCAGCGCACUUUCAUUUUUUCAGAGAUGUAUAUUGUUCAAUUCAUUCCAUUUUCUCAGCUCUAUCUAUUUGUUUACAUUUGUUUACCUUUGCAAGCGAUUUAAUAAA